UCUCUCUCUCCCUUCCACCUCUCUCCUCAAAUCCACAAAGAUUGACUUCCUGGUGACCAAAGGCAAGCAUCUGGCGGUGAGUUUGCGAUGGAGAAAGAGAACUCCAAUCCCCCCAUGGACCACCAGUCAAAGGAGGAAGCCGUCAUCCGUGAUGCUGUGGCCCCCGAUGUAGUGGACGGAUCCAAGCAAGGAGCCCUCGUCCGCGAUGCUGCUUCUACCUCAGCGGAUACAGUGGAGACAGGCACACAGAACGCAACGAUGUUCUGGGACGAGGUAGACGAGGAUGACUACUGGUUGCAGGAGGAGGAUUUGCACGCUCCCCUGCAGGAUGUGGAACAGGUCGUCAAUCCUUGGCUAGACUUCCUCAUGGCCUCAGUCGCACCCGAAACGGCGGCACUCCUCCGCACCAUUGAUGCCAACACCAACAUUUUCAACGUUGGCGCCCAUGUCAACACCAACAACCAGCUUGCUGCCCUGACAAGGACCGCAGCAUCAGCGACGGCGAGGCGGAGUGCUCCUGUCAACGCAACUAUCUUCGCCGGCAGCAGUACGGAGGAAGAGGACGGCAAUGAGUGGUACAAGUCCGUCGCCCGUGACGCUCAAAGGCUGGAGCAGAUGGAGGACCCAGAACUCCAGGAGAUGUCUUCUUCCCCGUCCCCGCUGCAACUUCCCGGCAAGUCCAAGGCACCACCAAAGGACGAGCACUGCAGCCAGAUGCGUCCCUCCGCCGCCGCCGGCGAAGACGGACACGAGCUGACCCUGGAAGACUACUGCAAGAUAUGGGGCGUCCACCCAUCCGAGCUCGAACCAGACGAACCUGGCCCGUCGACGACGAAGAGGCAGAUCAGGGUGCCCCCUCUCGCGGACGACGAGGUCGCCAAGUUCGACUGCGGCAUCUGCCUGGAGACGCUCCCCAUCCUGGACCUCUUCCACGGCACGCAGUGCGACCACAAGUUCUGCGCGCACUGCAUGGCCACGUACAUCGAGGGCAGGAUCCGCGACGGCGUCGUGUCCAUCCUGUGCCCGGACCCGGCGUGCAAGGAAGCAGCUGGAGAGGGCAACAAUGGCGGCGUCCUGAACCCGGAGCACUGCAAGAAGUCCAUCGACUUCGCCGCCUUCUGCAGCUGGGGUGAACGGCUCACCGAGAAGGCCAUCCCGCAGGACCAGCGCGCCUACUGCCCGAACCCCAGGUGCGCGCUCAUGCUUGAGAGGACCUUCGUCGUCGGCGCCGAUAAGGCGGCGUGCAAGGCGGCGUGCCCGGCGUGCAACCACCCCAUGUGCACGGCGUGCGGCUUGGGCUGGGUCAUCGAUGGCCGUGACGAUGACCACCACAACUGUGACGAGGGGAAAGGGGCAGCGCUCGUCAAGGAGCUUGCCGCCCAGCGCCGCUGGAAGCAGUGCCCCAGUUGUAAGAUUGUGGUCGAGAGGAUCAUGGGGUGCGAUACUAUGCACUGCAGGUGCGGAAGUGUCUUCUGUUACAAAUGCGGGCGCCAGAUGGCCCCGAUGGAUGCCGAGCUGGACGAAGGAGCCGAGCUGUGCCAGUGCCGCGACAACGUCUUUCGUCUCCACGUCCCACGCCGCCCCCUGCUGCUCGGAGCUAUGCAUCAUCAGACAAACCUAAACCUCAACUAG